UCCAGCAGAAACAAAACCAGCCGCCGAGGCGGGGGCGGGGAGCCGGGGCGGGGGAGGAGCGCGCCGGAACCGGAACCGACUUGACGCCGGAACCGGAACCGAGAGCGGGUUGCCAGGGCCCGAAGGGCUGGCGGCGGCGCCUCGCUCGGCUGUCACUUCCUUGCUGGUGAAUUGGCCGCAGAGAGUUGCCAAGAUAGCUGGGCCGGGAAGAAAGCGCCGUAGCCCUGACCCAGACGCCGUCGCCCACCCCGGGGCCCUCUGGCUGUCAACCAAGCGUCUCAAGAUGUCUGGUGGGGCCAGUGCCAUGGGCCCGAGGAGAGGGUCCCCCGGGCUGGAGGAGGCCGCCAGCAAGAAGAAGCAGAAGGACCGAGUCAACCAGGAGAGCAAGGACGGAGACCCUCGGAGGGGAGGCUCCGUGUCCACUCCUCAAGAGGAGCAGGCCAAAGAGGAGGUGCUGCUCGAGUGGAAGCAGAACGCAGAUGAGGUGGUGGUGAAGCUGCGCGUGGGAGGAGGCCCCCUGCGGCUGGAGGAGGUGGACGCCGCGUUCACAGACACGGACUGCGUGGUGCGGUUUCCAGGUGGUCAGCAGUGGCGCGGUGUUUUCUAUGCCGAGAUCGAAAGUUCUCGCGCCAAAGUGCAGACUCGGAAAGGUGGCCUCCUCCAGCUGGCGCUGCCCAAGAAGGUGCCUCUGCUCACCUGGCCUUCUCUCCUGAAGAAACCUCUAGGGAUGCGGGAGUCGGUGCCAGGGCUGCGGUGCCAGGAGAACGGGCAGGAGUCCGCCCCCGUCGCCCUGGAGCCAGCCCCGGAGCCCCGGCGGGCCAAGCAGGAGGCCCGGAACCAGAAGCGGGCCCAGGGCCGUGGUGAGGUGGGGGCGGGGGCUGGCCCCGGGGCCCAGGCAGGGCCCAGUGCCAAGAGGGCUGUGCACCUCCGAAGAGGGCCUGAGAGGGAAGGCUGCAGAGAGGGCCCCGGGCCUCAGGGCGAGGCCCCCCCCUUCCUGGCGGAGGCCGCCGCCCAGGCUGAGGCCGAGGAGCCGCUGCGGGUCCCGCCACUGGAGCCCCAGCCCUGCCUCCUGGGCUCGGAGGGGCAGCCGGCGCUGCUGGCUGGAGAGAAGGCAGCGCCGCCCAGGAGCGACCCGGUCUCUCCGGGCCUGCCCCGGAGCAGAGCCCCCGAGAAAGGUGACCGUUCCCGAGCGAAGGCGGAGGCAGCAGGCGCUGUGUCCCUGGUGCCUGGUAAAGAGCCGGAGCCCAUGGUGAGCCUGGACUUCGUCAAGAACGACUCGUACGAGAAGGGGCCGGACGCGGUGGUGGUGCACGUGUACGUGAAGGAGAUCUGCAGGGAGGCCGCGCGCGUGCUCUUCCGCGAGCAGGACUUCACGCUUGUCUUCCAGACCAGGGACGCCAACUUCCUGCGGCUGCACCCGGGCUGCGGGCCCCACACCGUCUUCCGCUGGCAGGUGAAGCUCAGGAACCUCAUUGAGCCCGAGCAGUGCACCUUCUGCUUCACAGCCUCUCGCAUCGACAUCUGCCUGCGGAAGCGGCAGAGCCAGCGCUGGGGGGGCCUGGAGGCCCCCGCCGCACGAGGUGCAGUGGGUGGUGCAAAGGUUGCCGUGCCGACAGGCCCAACCCCUCUGGACUCAACGCCCCCGGGAGGCGCUCCGCACCCCCUGACCAGCCAGGAGGAGGCCCGGGCUGUGGAGAAGGAGAAGCCCAAGCCCCGAGCUGAGGACACGGGGCUGGACGGCGUGGCGGCCCGCGCCCCCCUGGAGCACGGGGCCCCCAAGCCGGAGCCUCACUUGGCCUCACCCAAGCCCACGUGCAUGGUGCCGCCCAUGCCCCACAGCCCUGUGAGCGGGGACAGCGUGGAGGAGGAGGAGGAGGAGGAGAAGAAGGUGUGCCUCCCGGGCUUCACCGGGCUGGUCAACCUGGGCAACACCUGCUUCAUGAACAGCGUCAUCCAGUCGCUGUCCAACACGCGCGAGCUGCGCGACUUCUUCCACGACCGCUCCUUCGAGGCCGAGAUCAACUACAACAACCCGCUGGGCACCGGGGGCCGCCUGGCCAUCGGCUUUGCCGUGCUGCUGCGGGCGCUGUGGAAGGGCACCCACCACGCCUUCCAGCCCUCCAAGCUGAAGGCCAUCGUCGCCAGCAAGGCCAGCCAGUUCACCGGCUACGCCCAGCACGACGCCCAGGAGUUCAUGGCCUUCCUGCUGGACGGGCUGCACGAGGACCUGAACCGCAUCCAGAACAAGCCCUACACGGAGACCGUGGACUCGGACGGGCGGCCCGACGAGGUGGUGGCCGAGGAGGCGUGGCAGAGGCACAAGAUGAGGAACGACUCCUUCAUUGUGGACCUGUUCCAGGGCCAGUACAAGUCCAAGCUGGUGUGCCCCGUGUGCGCCAAGGUCUCCAUCACCUUUGACCCCUUCCUCUACCUGCCGGUGCCCUUGCCCCAGAAGCAGAAGGUCCUCCCCGUCUUCUUCUUCGCCCGGGAGCCGCACAGCAAGCCCGUCAAGUUCCUGGUGAGCGUCAGCAAAGAGAACUCGAGCGCCAGCGAGGUGCUGGACGCCCUGGCACAGAGGGUCCACGUGCAGCCCGAGAACCUGCGUCUGACCGAGGUGGUGAAGAGCCGUUUCCACCGCAUGUUCCUGCCCUCCCACUCGCUGGACACUGUGUCCCCCUCGGACCUGCUCCUCUGCUUCGAGCUGUUGUCCCCCGAGUUGGCUAAAGAGCAGGUGGUGGUGCUGGAGGUGCAGCAGCGCCCCCAGGUGCCCAGCAUCCCCAUCUCCAAGUGCGCGGCCUGCCAGCGGAAGCAGCAGCCCGAGGACGAGAAGCUGAAACGCUGUACCCGGUGUUACCGCGUGGGCUACUGCAACCAGCUCUGCCAGAAAACCCACUGGCCUGACCACAAGGGCCUCUGCCGCCCUGAGAACAUCGGCUUCCCCUUCCUGGUCAGCGUGCCCGCCUCCCGCCUCACCUACGCCCGCCUCGCCCAGCUGCUGGAGGGCUAUGCCCGGUAUUCCGUGAGCGUCUUCCAGCCGCCCUUCCAGCCCAGCCGCAUGGCCUUGGAGCCCCCUGGCCACACGGCGCUGCACUCGGGCUCUCCGGAGGCCGGGGACGGCGAGAGGGAGUCCCUGCCGCCUCCGGAGCCCCAGAUGCUGCCGCCCGCGGCGGAGGGGGACGUGGUGCCCCGGGCGUGGGCGGCCCCUGACCGGGGACCGGUGCCCAGCACCAGUGGCGUUGCCUCUGAGAUGCUGGCCGGCGGGCCCGCGGAAGGGGGCUCCUCGCCUGCGGGGGAGAAGCUGCCCCGGCCGGAAGCUGCCGUGCCCGGGUACCAGCACCCGAGUGAAGCCACCAACCCCCACACAUCCCAGUUCCUGAUCUAUAAGAUCGACACGUCCAACCGGGAGCAGCGGCUGGAGGAUAAAGGAGACGCCCCGCUGGAGCUGGACGAGGACUGCAGCCUGGCGCUCGUCUGGCGGAACAACGACCGGCAGCCGGAGUUCGUGCUGGUGGCCUCCAAGGAGCUGGAGUGUGCCGAGGACCCCGGCUCUGCCGGCGAGGCCGCCCGCGCCGGCCACUUCACCCUGGACCAGUGCCUCACCCUCUUCACGCGGCCCGAAGUGCUGGCCCCCGAGGAGGCUUGGUACUGCCCGCAGUGCAAGCAGCACCGCGAGGCCUCCAAGCAGCUGCUGCUGUGGCGCCUGCCCAACGUGCUCAUCGUGCAGCUCAAGCGCUUCUCCUUCCGCAGCUUCAUCUGGCGCGACAAGAUCAACGACCUGGUGGAGUUCCCCGUCCGGAACCUGGACCUGAGCAAGUUCUGCAUCGGCCAGAAGGAGGAGCAGCUGCCCAGCUACGACCUGUACGCCGUCAUCAACCACUACGGCGGCAUGAUCGGCGGCCACUACACCGCCUGCGCCCGCCUGCCCAGUGACCGCAGCAGCCAGCGCAGCGACGUGGGCUGGCGCUUGUUUGAUGACAGCACGGUGACCACGGUGGACGAGAGCCAGGUGGUGACGCGCUACGCCUACGUCCUCUUCUACCGCCGGCGCAACUCGCCCGUGGAGAGGCCCCCCCGGGCAGGCCACGCCGAGCGCCACGCAGACCUCGGCCCCGCAGCCGAGGCUGCCGCCAGCCAGGCUUCCCGGAUUUGGCAGGAGCUGGAGGCCGCGGAGGAGCCGGUGCCCGAGGGGCCUGCGCCCCGGGGUUCCUGGGGGCCCCAGGACUGGGUGGGCCCCCCGCCAUGCGGCCCCCCCACCCCAGAUGAGGGCUGCCUCCGGUACUUUGUUCUGGGCACCGUGGCAGCCUUGGUGGCCCUCGUGCUCAACGUGUUCUAUCCUCUGGUGUCCCAGAGUCACUGGAGAUGAGCGGGCUCGGCCGCCGCUGUGAGCCGCCCGUCCGCCCCCCGGCAUGCUGCCUCUGGGGCCAGCCCUGGGCUCGGGCUCUGUGUGUGGAGGGAGAGGGUCUGUGGCUCCUGCAGGGGCAGAGCAAACAGGGUGGUGUCCAUCCAGCUGUCCGUCCGUCCGUCCUGCUGCUCUGAGCUUGGCCUGGGCCUGGCCCUGCCCACCAGCUUCCUGUAUUUAAAGCGUCAAUAAAGCGAGACUGUCCAGGCUGA